AUGGCAGAAGCGCAAAAGUGCGUCCACAAGGGAUGCGGGAAGGUGUUCACGGACCCAGACGAGGAAUGUGUAUAUCAUCCUGGCCCUCCAGAGUUCCAUGAAGGACAGAAAGGCUGGAUGUGCUGCAAACCCCGCGUUCUCACCUUCGACGAAUUCCUCUCCAUUCCACCCUGCACCAAGGGCAAGCACUCAGCUGUAGAUGACACCCCCGCGCCCGCCCCGAAAGCCGAAGCUUUAAAGGCGUCAAACAUUGUCGCCGCCGCUCCCCUACCUGCUCCCGUGCCCAUUACUCGGCCCUUGGUAUCUAGUCUUGCAGCGGCACAACAGCCCACACCCUCGGCGACACCGAAACCGGAACCGCCUGAAGACGAAUCUGACGACCCAGGUGCUGAGAUCCCCACCAACGCGACGUGCAAAAGACGAGGUUGUGGCAAGUCAAGAGACGAGAGUGUCCCUCGAGAUGAAGAGGAGUGUGUCUACCACCCGGGCAUGCCUCUUUUCCACGAAGGGAGCAAAGGUUGGACAUGCUGCAAGAGACGGGUCUUGGAGUUUGACGAGUUCAUGAAGAUCGAGGGCUGUAAAACCAAAAAGCGGCACUGCUAUGUAGGGAAGCCGAAGAAGAAAGAAGGCACCGCAGUUGACGGAGACACGUCGGCGGACACCGGAGAGGAACUCGUGGAGAACGUCCGCAAUGAUUUCUACCAGACACCCAACAGCGUCAUUGUCAGUUUCUACCUCAAGAAAAUCGACAAGGACAGGGCCAAAGUCGAGUUCAAGGACGACGGGUUGUCGGUGGAUUUGGAUCUGCCUACACAGGACGGGAAGAGAUUCGCGAGGAAUAUACCGCUUUUUGCCCCGAUUGAUCCGGCGAAGAGCCAGUUCAAGAUCAUGGGCACGAAGCUGGAACUGAAUCUGGUGAAAAAGGACGGGUCUAUUAGUUGGGCGACAUUGAGGAGUGAUGAGAGAGGAACUGGAGAACGGAUUCAACUGGGAAGGGCUGGCAGAUUGGAGCGCGGUUGA